AUGGCAGAGAAUAGCGGCGCUGACAGCAGCAGCGGGGGACACAUUCCGCAGUAUAUUCCUUCCAAGCACGUUCCAUUGACAGACCAGCUAGAAAAGGACAAGGAUGACGAGAGCUUACGGAGGUGGAAGGAGAGCCUAUUAGGCGAACUAUCGCUCGACGACAAAGGCAAGCGAGGAGGCUCCGCGGUCGAGUUUUCGGCUGUGCGGCUGCUCGUGGAGGAGCGGGACCCCAUCGUGCUUCCGUUGCCUAAGGACGGCGAGGCCGUGGCGUCGCCGGCGAGCUUCGAGCUGAAGGAGCGGUGCAAGUACCGGCUGCAGUUCGAAUUUACAGUCGCGAACGACGUGGUGCUGGGCCUCACGUAUGUCAACACCGUGUAUAAGGACGGCGAUCAAGUGGAUACUUCUAAGGUGAUGCUUGGAGCAUAUGCGCCCCAAGCAAAGCCGUAUGUCUAUGUGACGGAGGAAGAGACAACGCCUGACGGAGAGGAUGUCCGUGGCAAAUAUACGGCAGAGACAAAGGUCAUGGAGCGGCUCGACAAGGCGAGCUAUCAGGAGCUUCGCGAGCUGCAGGAGAGCGGUUACGACUCCGAUGGUGGCAGCACGCGGCCCGGCGGUGGUGGGAAAAACUCGGAGAGCGGAGGGGUAGCGUGGAAGGAGGUGGUGGAUAAGAUUCUGGUGGCGGACUUCUUUUUAAUCACAAUUGCUCUUGUCUGGUUCCUAACGGGCGUGCUGCAGCGGUCUAUCUCGAAUGACGACGGGCUGCUGCUGGCGUGGUUGAAGCUGUGGGACCCCUUGUUCCAACCGGCCAUUGGCGUGUUCAUGGGCUCUGCCGUGUUACAGGCCGUGCUUAAGAAAAGAAACUAA